CACCAUGGCGGACCGCAGUGAGAAACGGUCGAAAAAGGUCACUUCUGUGUAUUGUUGUGUUGGAGGGUGCCACAACAGCUAUAAAAACACCGCAGGAAAGCUGCCAAAGGUGAUAUUCUACCGAUUCCCCUGGAGGAAGUACGAAAAUGACAGAAGAGGACAGUGGAUCAGGGCUGUGCAACGAACAAGGCCGGAGAGGCAGCUGUGGCAGCCUGUGCGGGGCGAGAGUCGCGUAUGCAGCGCGCACUUCGUGGGAAACAAAAAGAGCUCCGUUGCGAUGCACCCUUCUUAUCUGCCAACGAUAUUUCCGUCGUGCGGCGGAAGAAGCAACGGCGUUUCAGCGCAGUCAAAGCUCGACAGAUACAACAGAGCUCAGCGGCGAGCCUCGGCAAGCAUGGCGACAGCAAGCAUGGCGACAGCAGGCGUGGAAACGGCAGGCAUAGCGACUUCAGAAGCUUCAGGUGUGGACGAGCUGAGUGACACUCCAGCACCAGAGGCCCAGUCACAGCGCUUUGCAUCUGUGAUGACUCAGACUGACGACGCCGCAAAGGGAGGUACCUGCACACUGUUCUUGUCAGUGACAUCUCAUGGCUUGGCAUCGACCCAGGUGUGCCACAGUGCCACUGUCGACAGUGGUGUGCAGACGCAGAUGUCCACAAGCUCAACAGCUGCCGGACCAGACGAGCGAACCUGUAGCUUUCUGGGCUACAACUCGCUUGUAGAAAGGAAGGACGCAUUCAGAGAAUUGUGUGGAGUUGACGCCAAUGUUUUUUCCCUUCUAAUGUCUGUGCUGUCACCUCUUGUUGUGAGAUCAAUUGAUGUCCCCAUGUCACAAAAAUUGACUAUCUUUUUAAUGAAAAUGAAACUCGGUGUUUCUUUCGCAAGUAUUGGAGUACUUUUCGGGCUUCACCGCACCACAGUCAGCAGGAUUUUUUUCUUUGUUUUAAGCAACUUGCUUAGCGCAAUGCAGAGGUGGAUCCCAUGUCCAUCACGCACAACUGUGCAGUCAACUAUGCCCGACUGUUUUGUCCGCCACUAUCCACAGUGCAGGUACAUAAUCGACUGCACGGAGAUCAGAACAGAGGAGCCACCCACCAUAGAACAGAGGCGUGCACUGUUUUCCCAUUACAAAGGCUGCUACACGUUGAAGUUCUUAAUUGGCAUAUUGCCCAAUGGAACUGUCACCUUUGUGUCGGAAGCUUAUGGGGGGCGGACUUCAGACACCCACAUCACAGUAGAGUCUCGAUUUCUAGACCGUCUAGAACCAGGCGACGUAGUGUUGGCUGACAAAGGCUUCCCUGGCAUAAGAGCUCCGGCUGAAAGUCAUAGUGGUAUUGUUGUCCUGCCUCCCUUUUCAAAAAGUAGUGCACAACUUACAUUGGAAGAGCUUCAGCAGACCUACCAUAUUGCCCAAGUGCGCGUGCAUGUUGAAAGGGCUAUACAAAGAAUAAAGAUGUUCAACAUUGCAAAUUCUAGAGUACCAAAUGAACUUAUUCCCCACAUGAGCGACAUUAUGAGAAUGUGCUGCAUUCUUGUUAACCUGCAGCCCCCGAUUAUUAAUGUCUCUUAGUCUGGUUAGGCUGCUAUUUGAAUUAUUUGCACUGCCAAAAAUUGCAAAAGCCUGAGUGAAAUGAAUGCAGCCGUGAAAUGCCUACAUUUAGUUGUCCAGAGUAAUAAUAUCUGGGGUUUAACGUCCCAAAACCACGAUAUGAUUAUGAGAGACGCCGUAGUGGAGGGCUCUGGGAAUUUCGACCACCUGGGGUUCUUUAAUGUACACAUAAAUCUAAGUACACGGGCCUCAAACAUUUUCGCUUCCAUCGAAAAUGCAGCCGCCGCGGCCGGGAUUCGAUCCCGCGACCUUCGGGUCAGCAGCCGAGCGCCAUAACCACUAGACCACCGUGGCGGGGCUUAGUUGUCCAGAGAGCGGUCUGUUCUGUUUUGUGUCGAAGAAGCAUUGGAGGUGAUGUGGUAGUAAAAUAAAUCAAAACUGUAUGCUGAUACAGAUGCAUUUAGUAGUCAUAGCAACAGCUGUGACCAGUGAUACCUGUUGUCUUUCAUUUGUGGCUUUUUUUGUUUGCUUGGAUUGCCAAGGUAUGCUGAUACAGAUGCAUUCAGUAGUCAUAGCAACAGCUGUGACCAGUGAUACCUGUUGUCUUUCAUUUGUGUUUUUUUUUGCUUGGAUUGCCAAGGUAUGCUGAUACAGAUGCAUUCAGUAGUCAUAGCAACAGCUGUGACCAGUGAUACCUGUUGUCUUUCAUUUGUGUUUUUUUUUUGCUUGGAUUGCCAAGGUAUGCUGAUACAAAUGCAUUCAGUAGUCAUAGCAACAGCUGUGACCAGUGAUACCU